AUGCAAGCCAGAAUAGCGGCCAGUACCAGGACUGUGGAGGAGGAUGUCAUGCUGGAGGUCCCUAGAGACUUUCGACCAUUCUCGGAAGCCAUAGAGGCCGAGAUCAUCCCUAGGGAUCAUCGGAUACCACAGGUCGAGCCCUUUGAUGGAACGCAGGACCCCAGUCAGCAUUUGACAGACUUCCGCGCUCAAAUGUUGAUCUGUGGUGGGAGCAUGGAGGUCCGCUGCAAAUUGUUCAUGGGCACGCUCAAGAAGGCGGCGCUUGAUUGGUUCAACGGUCUUCCUGAUCGAUCGAUCACCGACUUCGACGUCUUUAGCCGACUCUUCAUGGCGCAGUUCGCCGCUAACAAAAAGAAGCCGCCGAUCACGUCGGACUUGUUUGACCUCAAACAACGUGAGGAGUCGCUGAAAGCCUUUCUGCAAAGGUUUAAUGAUGUCGCCUUGAGGAUAGCGUCGUUGCACGAAAGGAUGGCGGUCAUCGCAUUCCAGAAGGGUUUAAGGUCCGGGGCUUUCGACAUCGCGCUUGAAAAAGCAAAUUGUCAAACGAUGUCGGAGGUGCGGGCUUUCGCCUUAAGUCACAUCAAGACGGAGGAGAACCAGAUUAUUAAAAGGGCAGCGGAGAACCGAGAAGAAGGCAACUACCAGCAGGCCGAUCACAUUGGUCGGCCAAGAGAUGAGUGGACACGCAACAAGGAAGAAGAGAAGUUUACUCCACUCAACGUUCCUAGGCGGCACAUACUGCACGACGUCAACAGCGCGUCACUUUUCGAAUUCCCAGCGGCAACCAACUCCCAGUUGGGACCUCACAAAACUGACUGGUGUGAAUUCCAUCGGACCCAUGGACACACUACGGAGAAUUGCUUCGUUCUCGGUAGGCAGAUUGAGCGCCUUAUCAAGGAGGGUCGUUUGAAAAAAUUCAUUGUAGGGACACGAGAUGAAGGCUCGUCCGAUAGGCGACGCAGGCGUGAAGGAGAAGACACGAGAAGAGGGAGGCGAGAAGGGAGGUCUCCCCCUAGAGAUCUUCCGGAAAAAAGUGCAGAGACCCAUCAGCAAGCUGUACAUGGAGAGUUCAACACAAUAGCGGGGGGAUUUGCUGGAGGAGGUCCAACAUCAGCAGCACGGAAGAGAUACUCUCGGUCGGUGUUAUCGGUCUCAGACUGGGUGAGACCAUCUCGGCCACCUAUCACGUUCCCGGACACCGACUUCGAAGGGGUGUCCCCACAUGAGGAUGACCCGAUAGUCGUCUCGGCGAUAGUCAUGGGCUACAACGUGAAACGCGUACUGGUGGACCAAGGCAGCUCGGCGGACAUAAUGUUUUGGGAAGCUUUUGUCGGGAUGAAAAUUCUGACCGACCGUCUCAUGCCAUAUGCAGGUACAUUAGUUGGUUUUGCAGGUGAUCAGGUAACUGCUAGGGGAUACGCCGACUUGGAGACAACUUUCGGCCAGGGAGACCACAUGAAGACUAUCACUGUCCGAUACCUGGUGGUCAAUGCUCAGUCGUCCUACAACAUACUAGUCGGACGACCGACAUUGAAUAAAUUGGGAGCAGUUGUCUCCACACCCCACUUGAAGUUGAAGUACCCUUUACCUAGUGGAAAGGUUGGGGUCCUCUGUGUUGAUCAAGAAGUCGAAAGGAAGUGCUACGAGGACAACCUGAGGGCGAGGAGACAGUUAUAUGUGACACAGGUCGAUCGGGGGGUCCAGUCAAUCGAGUUAGAUCUGAGGAUGACUCACUUCGAUUCCCGACCAGCCCCAGCGGAAGAUGUGAAGGAAGUUAGCUUGGCCGAGGGAAAAACGGUCAAGAUUGGAGUGUCUUUGGAUAAAGAAGAGGAGGAAGGGUUGCUGACUGUAUUGAAGAGCAACGUGUCAGCUUUUGCAUGGAGUGCUGGCGACAUGCCAGGCAUCGAUCCCGACUUCCUAUGUCACCGUCUCAUGGUCGACCCCAAUGCAAAGCCGGUGAUUCAAAAAUGA